AUGGAUGGGUGUAUAACUUGGUGGAGCAAUUUGGAAAGCAUUCUGGAAGAUGCUUCUGCUUUAGAAGCCUUCAAAGAAUGGUUUAAGGAGGAUAGCACGAGACCAACUGAUUCUAUCGACUUGUACUUUGCUAUCAAAGCUUUCAAGAAUUUGAUAGAACGUAAUGAUUCAAAAUGCGCCGAAAUAGCAUGCAAAAUACACCGCAAAUAUAUAAGCAUGCGCAGUGGCACCUGUACAUUCCUUCCCGACACUAUCAGAAGAGAAAUGUCAGAGCGCAUUCAUGCCUUAUCCGCGAAUAAACUGCCACACAGCAAUCUAUUUGAACCUUGUCAAGAGGAAUUGCUAACUUAUUUGCGCAAGCAACACGCACUCUUUGUUAAUUCUGAUCAUUUUUAUAAUCCGCUGAAUCAAAAUGCGGAAUUUAUUGAGCCAGUGGCAGUCUCCGCAUCGGAUGAAAACGACCCGACAAUUUGUUCGACUGGAUGUCAUGCAUGCGCUUCAACGAGUGAUGACGUCUCGAUUUGUUUCGGUGGUCGAAAUUCACUUUGGAAGAAGUGGAAGCCACAGAGGCGAAAUGUCGCCGUACAAAACGUAAGCAAACGUGAUUCUAUAUCAUGUAGCGCUGUUUCAAAUGAAGAUAGCGUAAAUAAACGAAGUAGUUUGAAACGUCAUUCGGAAAGGCUACCGCUACAAAGGGUUCAUGGACAUCAACAACAACAACAAGCAUUACUUACCUGUCCACCGGACGGUAGCGAUUUUAAACAUCAACGUCCAGAAGAAAGAGAACGAUUUUCGGAAAUUUUGCGUUGUAAACUGGAUAAAAUCGCUUGCCGUUUGGAGCGGUAUAAACAUGAAACCGGAGUUGAAGUAUUUGCUAGAGAUUUGGAACAGCUGGCAUUAACGGCGGAAGAGAAUGAUGAAGUUGAUUCGGUGAUAAGCAAUGAUUCGUUGGAUAAGUAUGAACAAAGAAUGAAUGCUGAAUGUGAUAUGAAUCCGAAGGAGGAAAAACGUAGAUCAAUGUCCGCGUCACCGAUACGCUUCACGAACAGUCUUCACAUCGGCAAUACGCCGAGUCCAUACGGACGACAUGGUUUCGCCCCACCUCCUGGUGGUGUUACCUUGAAGAACUAUCGUAAUUGUGCUGCAAGUCGCGGAAUGCAUAGUUUGCGCAGCACAACGCCGCUAUCCAGCAAUGAUUACGGCGGACACCGAUAUUCGGAUAGUUCUGGUUUCUGUAGUUCCGAAUCGGCUAAUAUUAUCAAUCGAGCAGCCCUUUUUGAGAAAGCACGUCAUAUGGCAAUGUCCACACAAGCUACCUCCUUCCCUCAAUCAUGCAGCGAGGCGUCAACUAGCAGCUUCUACUAUUGCUCAUUUCCACUGGAACAAGAAGAAAAGCGGCCAUUGUUUGUCAACAAUUUUUAUUCGAAGAGGCAACAGAUAGCAAUUUCUUACAAGGAAGAAAAUGCAGAAGCUCCAUUUGUGGCAAAGUUAGAAAUGCGUGACAUUACAUUUCGUGAAUUUCGUCGGUGCUUCGGUAUUUCAUCAAAGACAACCAGAAGGUUUUUUUUCAAAAGUGAUUGUGAAGAUUGUUCUGCACCUUAUCAAUGGACCAUAAUUGAUGAUGAUUGUGCCGUACUGCCGAUAUUCGAGGGUCGAAUAACUGCAGAAUGCCGAAGUUGUUCAGAAUCUGAUGAGUGA